ACCCGUCUCUUAUCUCAUCCUUUUUCUUUAUCGGUUCUAAGAUUCUUCUACAAUUUGAUUACUUGCGGAGGUUCCUAUUAGUUCUAUCUCCUUUUCUGGGUCUAUUACGUACUUUCUGGUCGGUUUCAUAAUCUUGAGAAAACCCUCGGAACUUUCGUUUGUGGCGAUCGAGUUUGCCAAGUAUGAAAGUCAUGCAUACAAAGAUUUAAGCUCCAGCAAAGAAGAAAAUCGAGUUAAUUUGUUGUUUCCGAGGAUAAACACAGGAUCUUCAAAAGCAAACUCAAGGACCGGCAAGGAUUCUGAAUUGAAUCUGGUUCUGUUCAUUUCUUGCUUGCUUUAGAUCCAAGAAUCAAAGCCAUGGGAGGCCAUAUGAGCAAGAAGGCCCCUGAAACUUCCUCCGCUAUCAAUCUCAAUUCCAAUUUACGGUACAAAAAUGAUUUCACCUCUUACGAAGACGCUUGCAGGCUCGACGCAGACCUGCAGUCCUUCGACGCCACCCUCCAAACGCGUACGAAUCAGGUCAUCAACACUCUUGCGGUGGGAGUGGAAGUGCGAGCCCUUUCAUUUGAUUCUCUGAGAGAAGUCACGGAAUGUCUGUUGGAGAUGAACCAGGAGGUUGUUAAAGUCAUAUUGGAAUGCAAGAAAGAUAUAUGGAAGAAUCAAGAACUGUUCGAGCUCGUCGAGGAGUACUUCGAGAAUAGUUUGCAGACUCUAGAUUUCUGUACGACAUUAGAGAAGUGCCUGAACCGAGUUCGGGACAACCAAUUGCUCAUUCUUGUCGCGCUUCAAAACUUUGAUGAGGAAACAGAAGUGGGAGGAAGUGGGUACGUGAGGACAUUGCAGGAGUUGAAGAACUUCAAGGCAGCUGGGGACCCUUUCACUACAGAAUUCUUCCAAAUCUUCGAGGCUGUAUAUAGGCAGCAGAUACUCAUGCUCGAGAAGUUGCAACACCGUAAGAUCAAGCUCGAUAAGAAGCUUAAGUACAUUAAUGUUUGGAGGAAGGUUUCAAGUAUGAUAUUUGUUGCUACAUUUGCUGCUGCGUUGAUUUGCUCAGUUGUGGCGGCAGCCAUGGCUGCUCCUCCACUUGCAGCAGCAUUGGCUGCUGCUACUUCUAUCCCUGUGGGUUCAAUGGGAAAGUGGAUUGAAUCCUUGUGGAAAAACUAUGAAAACGCUUUGAAAGGACAGAAGGAAAUAAUUAGCUCCAUGCAAGUUGGUACCUAUAUUGCCAUUAAGGACUUGGACAACAUCCGGGUUCUCAUUGACAGGUUGGAAAUUGAGAUUGAGUCACUCUUGCAGCGCGCAGGAUUUGCCAUUGAGAAAGAAGCUGUGAAGAUUGCAAUAGAAGAUAUUAAAAAGAAGCUGGGAAUGUUCAUGAAAAAUGUUGAGGAGUUGGGGGUGCAAGCUGAUACUUGCAGCCGGGACAUCCGGAGGGCAAGAACUGUGGUUCUGCAGAGGAUCAUAAAACAUCCCAACAACUAAAACAUGAUCAUGACACGAUACAAUGAUUGAAAAUUAACUAAUUUAUGUCAGAAAAUUUAUUUAUAUUUAUGGUUUAUUAUGAUGAUAUUGAUGACAUUCCUUGAUUCUUAAGACUGUUUCAUGAAUCCAGGCUAUUGGAUUCCUGUUUAAGAAUAUAUAUAUAGUGUAAGAUUGGUAUUAAAUUUCACUUGAUCUACAUGUUUAGGGAUC